AUGGAACCAGAUGAUCACAUCCCGGUGGACGACGAGGGCUACGACACCAACUCGGCGGGUACGAGCUAUGUGACCAGCAUAGCAUCGGAAAUCCGUAAUGGGAUUGAGGAGUACGGUCGCCGGUGGGCGGUCUACGGAAAACACUUCUACGGCCUCCCCAUCGACGACGCGGAACAGGAUCGCAACGACCUUCAGCACUACAAGUUCUUCUUGAUGUACGAAGGACGGCUUCACCUCGCUCCGAUCGAUCCGCAGCCACAGAACAUCCUGGACCUAGGCACCGGCAGCGGAAUCUGGGCCAUUGAGGCCGCCGACCUCUAUCCCUCAGCACGGGUGAUUGGCGUCGACAUUGCAGCCGUGCAACCAAGCUGGGUAUCUCCCAAUUGCCAGUUCGAGAUUCUAGACGUAGAGACGGACUGGGAGUUUCGCCGGAAUUCGUUCGAUUUGAUCCACGCCCGAGAAUUCAUCUUCGCUAUUCGAGAUUGGCCCGCGCUCAUCUCACAAGCAUAUGACCAUCUUCGACCUGGCGGUUACUUCGAACUCGCCGUUACAGUCCCUGAAGUCACAUGUGAUGACGGAACGUGUCCUCCGGACUCCCAGUACGUCGAAAUGGGCAACAUAUUCUUCAAAAUCGCAGAAGCGAUGGGCCUGGACGGCCACGCCUACCGGCUGUGGAAGGAUCAACUCCGGGACCGGGGCUUCGAGGACGUCCACGAGACAGUGUUCAAGAUGCCCACGAAUGAUUGGCCAAAGGAUCGGCGCCUGAAGACCAUAGGGAAACUCGAGAUGCAGAACUUCUUCCAAUAUGCUCAGGCUGGGUUUGAGCGAGGGGCUACCGCUCUGCUGGGCAUGGAGCGUGCUCAACUCGCGGUCAUGCUCGCGCACACGAGACGAGAAAUCCUCGAUCGGAAUAUUCAUACCUAUGUUAAAUUUGUCAAUGUAUACGGCCGAAAACCAGGACCAUGA